UUCAUAGGAGCUGCGACACAGGGAGCAGCAGAGUAAUCUGGUUACAUCAACCAUCAUUUAAUUCAUUUUUUUCUGCUAAUCCCUGCUCUAUGUUCUCUGCCCUGAGGCUGAAUAAACACACGCGGCUGGCCUGUUACAUCAGUAACGCAUUAAUCAUUCAAUAACGUGUCUAAUAGAUAAUGUCAUGUUCCCUCCUUUUUCUCCAUUUCUUUCAGUUUAUCCACUGCGUCUCAGCGGGGACCGUUUGUCCAAGUAGUGCCGUGCCAUGCUGCUGUGCUGAAGCUGCUUGAGCACUGGAAGGGGACCCGAGAGGAGCAGGGGAGGGGAUCAGAGGAGGAAGGGAGGGGAGGAGGGGCGGGGAGCACUGAGCACAGCGAGUGACUGUGUAUUGAAGGUGAAGAUCAGUCCAGCACCACGAAGAGACAACAGUAGGAGACGUUGUAAAGGCCAUGGAGGUUCCGCGUGUGGACGACAGCACCAGCAGCCCUGUCAGCCGUUGUGAUGACAUGAUGAAGAACCUGAACCUGGACUUGAUACAGCCGAGUGACAGGGAAGGAGACAACUCUCAGGACAGCAGCAUCGCGGAAAAGGAGGAUCUUCCUGUUCCUCAGAACGUCAAGAUUACCAACAUCACCUGUGACUCCUUCAAGAUCAACUGGGACAUGGACUGUAGAGCCAAGGACCACAUCACUAACUACUUCAUAGACCUCAACAAGAAGGAGCACAAUAACUCCAACAAGUUCAAACACAAGGAUGUCCCCACUAAGCUGGUGGCGAAGGUGGUGCCACUGCCCAUGACAGUGAGAGGCCACUGGUUCCUGAGCCCCAGGACAGAUUACACUGUAGCUGUUCAGACUGCCUCCAAACAGAGUGAUGGGAACUAUGCUGUCUCUGAAUGGAGUGAGAUCAUCGAAUUCUACACUGCAGACUACUCUACUGUGCAUCUGAUACAGUUGCUGGAGAAGGCCGAGGGGAUAGCUGGUAGGAUGUUGAGAUUCUCAGUGUUUUAUCGGAACCAGCAGAAUGACUACUUCAAUAAAACGAGCCCCUCUUGUGGUUCCAGAGAGACACAGGACAACCGGAUGCUCCCGACUGUAAAGGACAACAGUGGCAGCCACGGCUCUCCCAUCAGUGGCAAGCUGGAAGGCAUCUACUUCAGCUGCAACACAGAGUUCAACACAGGCAAGCCCCCCCAGGACUCCCCCUACGGACGCUACCGCUUCCAGAUCCAGGCCGAGGUCCUGUUCAACCCCAAGACCAACCUGUACUUCGGGGACUUCUACUGCAUGUACACAGCCUACCACUACGUGAUCCUGGUGCUGGCCCCAGAGGGCUCCCCAGGGGACAGAUUCUGUAAGGGCCGCCUCCCGGCGCUGGACAUCUUAGACAACUGCUUCCUGACAUGCACCCAGGAGGAGGAGGAGGGGGGGCUGGUGUUCCACCACGCCCAGGAUGUGAUUCUGGAGGUGAUUUACACCGAGCCCGUGGACCUGGCCCUAGGCAGCGUGGAGGAGAUCCAAGGACACCAGCUCAGUAGCAUGUCCACCAUCAAUGCUAAGAAGGACCCCAGUUGUAAGACCUGCAACAUCAGCGUGGGACGCUAACCAGCAAACUGUGGGGGAGGAAGGGGGCGUUACUACGAGGUCCCUGCAGUUCUACGGAUAAUAAUACUUCUCUAAUCCUAUUGGCUGUGGUGAUUCUCUAACCCUAUUGGCUGUGGUGAUUCUCUAAUCCUAUUGGCUGUGGUGAUUCUCUAACCCUAUUGGCUGUGGUGAUUCUCUAACCCUAUUGGCUGUGGUGAUUCUCUAAUCCUAUUGGCUGUGGUGAUUCUCUAACCCUAUUGGCUGUGGUGAUUCUCUAACCCUACUGGCUGUGAUGAUUCUCUAACCCUAUUGGCUGUGGUGAUUCUCUAACCCUAUUGGCUGUGGUGACUCUCUAACCCUACUGGCUGUGAUGAUUCUCUAACCCUAUUGGCUGUGGUGAUUCUCUAACCCUAUUGGCUGUGGUGACUCUCUAACCCUACUGGCUGUGGUGAUUCUCUAACCCUAUUGGCUGUGGUGAUUCUCUAACCCUAUUGGCUGUGGUGACUCUCUAACCCUAUUGGCUGUGGUGACUCUCUAACCCUACUGGCUGUGGUGACUCUCUAACCCUACUGGCUGUGGUGAUUCUAACAGUCAUAUUAUACAGAUUAACAGUCUAACAGUCAUAUUAUACAGGUGCAAUGUAAUGAUAUGCCAAAGGUAACAACACCUUGACCAAGCUGCUAGAAACAAGCCGUGGUAACAGCUUCAACAAGGCAUAAUGGAUUAGUAUUACGUAACAUGGUCUUCUAAUGGAUUAGUAUUACGUAACAUGGUCUUGUAAUGGAUUAGUAUUACGUAACAUGGUCUUGUAAUGGAAUGGGAUUACUGGAUGAUUCUACGGUAGUGAUUCAUUCCCAUCGUGGGUUAUAGGUAUUGCGGUUUUUAAAGACAAGUUCGUACGGAGCUGUGACAUAUCCAGCGUUUACAGUGAAUGGGAUCUCCACGAAUGAAGGAACAAUACCUAUAACCCACAAUGGGAUUGAAUCCCAGCCUGAAGCAGGUUGCAGCAUUGAAUCCCAGCCUGAAGCAGGUUGCAGCAUUGAAUCCCAGCCUGAAGCAGGUUGCAGCAUUGAAUCCCAGCCUGAAGCAGGUUGCAGCAUUAAACUGAUGUCAGUCUGAUGUCUUCACAUCCUCGUUGUUGUCUGAUGGGUUCUGUGUUAUAUGCAUUGCAAUCAUUAACAGAAACCACAUUAUCCUGUGUUCAACAUAAUAAACAUCUCAAAACAAA